GCGGCGGCGUGCUCCGCCAGAGUGAUGGCUGCCGGCGCGCGCUGCGUGUUCUCUUCUUUCUGCUGCUGAGGCGCCCGCAGCCACUCCCCGUGCGGGCCGCGCGCCCGUCUAGCCGUCGCCCCGGGCCCUCCUGGCUCGCCGGCCGCUGGAGCGUCUGGUCUCUUCUGCGCGACCCUGGGUUCCCGUGGGUGAACUUGCGUUCUCGCUCCGGUCCGCCAUGGAAUCCUGCGCCGUGCUUCCAGCCCUCCAGAGCCAAAGACACCCCAGACAACAGACGCCCUCGCGCAGCCUCUAGAGUAACUUCGCAGCCCGCCUCCAGCCGCAGUUUACAGUAUUUAAUUUUAUAUAAUAUAUGCUAUUUAUUACCGCGUUUUGAUACCUCACAUUCUGUUUACACACCUCGGAAGCCGCUCAGUCGUCCUCGGGUUGAUCAGACCACUGCUCGAGGGCAUGGCAUCCACCGUGGCCCCGCUGAUGGCGAGCACCGCGUCCGUCCCGCUGGUGGAGUACCGGCUGCUCGUCCUGGGCUUCAUCAUUGCGUUCGUCUUGGCCUUCUCCGUGGGGGCCAAUGAUGUAGCAAAUUCGUUCGGUACGGCCGUGGGCUCGGGCGUGGUGACCCUGAAGCAAGCCUGCAUCCUGGCGAGCAUCUUUGAAACCGUGGGCUCCGUGCUGCUCGGGGCCAAAGUCAGUGAGACCAUCCGGAAGGGCUUGAUCGAUGUGACCAUGUACAACUCGAGCCAGGAGCUGCUGAUGGCCGGCUCAGUCAGUGCUAUGUUUGGUUCUGCUGUGUGGCAACUAGUGGCUUCGUUUUUGAAGCUCCCCAUUUCUGGGACCCAUUGUAUUGUUGGUGCGACCAUUGGUUUCUCCCUCGUGGCCAUGGGGCAGGAAGGCGUCAAGUGGUCCGAACUGAUAAAAAUUGUGAUGUCUUGGUUCAUCUCUCCACUGCUUUCUGGUAUCAUGUCUGGAAUCUUGUUCUUUCUUGUGCGUGCGUUCAUCCUCCGCAAGGCAGACCCAGUUCCUAAUGGCUUGCGAGCUUUGCCAGUUUUUUAUGCCUGCACAGUUGGAAUAAACCUCUUUUCCAUCAUGUAUACUGGGGCACCGUUGCUGGGCUUUGACAAACUUCCUCUGUGGGGUACCAUCCUCAUCUCGGUGGGAUGCGCAGUUUUCUGUGCCCUUAUCGUCUGGUUCUUUGUAUGUCCCAGGAUGAAGAGAAAAAUUGAACGAGAAAUAAAGUCUAGUCCUUCUGAAAGCCCCUUAAUGGAAAAAAAGAAUAGCUUGAAAGAAGACCAUGAAGAAACAAAGUUGUCUCUCAGUGAUGUUGAGAAUAGGAAUCCUGUUUCUGAGAUGGGGCCGGCCACUGUGCCCCUCCGGGCUGUGGUGGAAGAGAGAACGGUAUCGUUCAAGCUUGGAGAUCUGGAGGAAGCGCCAGAGCGGGAGCGGCUUCCCAGUGUGGACCUGAAAGAAGAGACCAGCAUAGACGGCACCAUGAAUGGCACAGUGCAGCUGCCUAAUGGGAACCUCGUUCAGUUCAGUCAAGCUGUCAGCAACCAGAUAAACUCCAGUGGCCACUACCAGUAUCACACUGUGCAUAAAGAUUCCGGCUUGUACAAAGAGCUUCUCCAUAAAUUACAUCUGGCCAAGGUAGGCGACUGCAUGGGAGAUUCUGGAGAUAAGCCCUUGAGACGCAAUAAUAGCUACACUUCCUACACCAUGGCAAUUUGUGGCAUGCCCCUGGAUUCAUUCCGUGCCAAAGAAGGUGAACAGAAGGGUGAAGAAAUGGAGAAGCUGACGUGGCCUAAUGCAGACACCAAGAAGCGUAUUCGAAUGGACAGUUACACCAGUUACUGCAAUGCUGUGUCUGAUCUCCACUCGGCAUCUGAGAUGGACUUAAGUGUCAAGGCUGAGAUGGGUCUGGGCGACAGAAAAGGAAGUAGUGGCUCUCUGGAAGAAUGGUCUGACCAGGACAAGCCUGAAGUCUCUCUCCUCUUCCAGUUCCUGCAGAUCCUGACAGCCUGCUUUGGGUCAUUCGCCCACGGUGGCAAUGACGUCAGCAAUGCCAUCGGUCCUUUGGUUGCUCUGUAUCUGGUUUAUGUCACAGGGGAAGUUUCUUCCAAAGCGGCAGUACCAAUAUGGCUCCUACUUUAUGGCGGUGUCGGCAUCUGUAUUGGGCUGUGGGUUUGGGGAAGGAGAGUUAUCCAAACCAUGGGGAAGGAUCUGACGCCAAUCACACCCUCUAGUGGCUUCAGUAUUGAGCUGGCGUCUGCUCUCACUGUGGUGAUUGCAUCAAAUAUUGGCCUUCCCAUCAGCACAACACAUUGCAAAGUGGGCUCUGUCGUAUCUGUUGGUUGGCUCCGAUCCAAGAAGGCUGUUGACUGGCGGCUCUUUCGCAACAUUUUUAUGGCCUGGUUUGUCACGGUCCCCAUUUCUGGUGUUAUCAGUGCUGCUAUAAUGGCAGUCUUCAAAUAUGCCAUCCUGAGAGUGUGAAGCCAAGAUGGAACUUGAUGUCGAUGUCUGGGACCACCUUACACAUUCCUGCUCCCUGGAAGAAUGAUCACAGUGUUACUGAAGACCGACAGGAGUCUUUAAAUGUUGGGAGCUGUGGGAGGAAGUGUUAAUUAUGCUAUAAUUGCUGUUGUGCUAAAUAUGACUUGUCUCAAAAUUAGCUAUGUAAAAUAGCCAGGUUUCCACUGGUUCCUUCUGAGGUCCCCUUUCCUUCUGGGCUGUGAAUUCCUGUACAUAUUUCUCUAUUUUUUGUAUCAGGCUUCAGUUCCAUUAUGUUUUAAUGUUGUCUCUGAAGAUAGCUUGUGUGUGUGUGUGUUUAUUUUUUAUUUUAUUUUUUUUUAAACCAUGCAGAGCCAUCUUGCAGGGAGAGUAUCCUCUGCUUUGUUGGUUUCACCAGCUUUUGCCGUAACACGCACAGGAAUCUAACAACAAAACCAUGUAACUGAAGCUUCCCUUGUAGUCUCCUAGGAAUAGUCACCGGCACUCUGCCCUCCCGUCGCCGUGGCAGGUUCUCUCAGUGUAUGUGGGAACUUCUUAGAGGGAUGAGGUUCUUCGGACACAGUGAACAUUUAGUAGUAACCUUGCAGACAAUUCUUUGACCAUUGUUGCUACAAAGUAGGAAGAAAAAGCCUUCUGGCAAUCUUGGGUUGUUAUUAAGAUUUCUGGUGGUGUGGGAUGGAUGAAUGAAGUGGAUAUGGACUUUGGGUAGUUAAAUGGGACAGCCUUCCAUGUUCAUCUGUCUACCUCUUAACUGAAUUAAAAAAAGCCUAUGAUUUUUAGAAAA